AUGGUCAAAGUUGGAAAAACUUUAGAAGAAAGUAGUGUUGGAUUAUACACCAAAAAUGGAUCCUUUAGCGCCUCCUUAAACACCAUCUGCAUGGAUUUCUAUGGAGAUUUCUGGUUCUUGGAUGUAAACACUAGAAUUAAUACUUCAGACCAUCAAGCUGUUACUCAGAUUUGUCCUUUGCAAAUUCAACUAGGAGACACUCCUGUAAUUUCUUCUGAACCAUCUCUUCAGUCUCCAGAAAUAAAUUUGAUGAAAUUUUCUGAAGCAGCUUUCAUUAACUAUCUUGAAAAUACCACAACUGAAGAUCAGUUAUUUUUGGGUUUCAAACUAAGAGGUAUGCACCCUGUUAAUCCUCAGUUAAGUGUUGAGACACAUUAUUUUAUCACACUAAUGUCAAGUGGUCCAUUGCUUUGUCAACUAGGACUUUGACUAAAUAUGACAGUGAAACAACAUUACUUCCAGGAAUCUCUGAGUUCAGAAUUUUGCUCUGGGCAUGGUAAAUGUCUUAGUGAAAUUUGGAAAAAGACAUACAGCUGCCUUUGUGAGCCUCCACUUCCUGGAGAACACUGCCAGGAACUUGAAGCAUGUUUUUAUAAACCAUGUCAAAAUAACAGCAAUUGAAUUAAUAAAAGAGAAUAAUUGAAUAAGCAAGGAUAUGAAUGCAUCUGUGACCCACCACUUAUGGGAAGAAAUUGUGCAGAAAUGAUUGGCAAAUGUCACCCACAUAUCUGUCCAUUCUGUGAGGAGUCAAUGGAAUCGUGUCUUUCUUGGUCUUAUUUUAAAAGGGGAAUUUGCCAAAGCAGCGGCUCUGCUUAUAUCCAUCUUUGCCCAGAAGAAUUUCUGUAUGAAAACUGUGAAACUGAUAUCAAUGGGUGUCCAUCGAUGCUAUGUCAGAAUGUCACUGAAUGCACUGAUAAAAGUAAGUUUGAAUCUAAGAGACCAAUAUUUACAGGAAAGUUUUGUCAGAGACUUCAAACAUCAUGUGAAACAUUUCCUUGCAGGAAUAAUGCCACAUGUAUAGAAUGUGAAAAAGGUCAUCAUUGCAGUUGUAUGCCAGGAUUUACUGGAAAAAACUGUGAGAAAGUAAUUGACCACUGCAGACUGCUCAGCAUCAACUGUCUGAGUGAAGGAUGGUGUUUCAAUAUAAUUGGAAGAUUCAGAUGUGUAUGCAUACCAGCAUACACCAGAAAUUCAGGUUUGUUCUUGGAGAAUGUUUGCCUAAUUCACUAGAACCCCUGCUACAGUGGAUCUGCCUACCAUGAUAAUUACCAAACUAAAGGUCCUCCUCAUUUUGAAUAUGUGUGGCAAUUGAGAUUUAUAGGAAGUGGGGUAAAAAAAUGUGAAAUGAUCAUAGGUGCCUACUCCUUUCUUGCUGCAAACUGCACUGAAGACACCAUCUAUGUGAGCAAAUCUGAAGACCGUGAUUAUGCAUGUUGGUGCCCAUAUGAAGGAACAAUAGAGGUGAAACAUGCAAAUGGAUACAAUUGUUUGACUGAUGAAGAGAUGGGGUAUUGGUGUCUAUGUAUUCCCAGAUGCGCUGACAAAAUUCAUCUGGAAAAUGUGACUGAUUCAUGUAGGUGUCAACGUGAAGAUAUUUGUAAAGAUGAAAGGAAUAGAUUCAGAUGUAGCUGUCCUCUUAGUUUUAAUGGCAUAUUCUGUAUUCUCAAUUUUGAACACCGCUUAAGACACCAGAGUACGUCAGUGCAUGGCCCCUGCCUGGUCCAUUUGCUCAACUGCAGCUGUAGUGGUCUGCAGAGAUCUGAAGGAAACAUCUGUGAAAUAGAAACUGAAAAUUGCAAAGCUAUGCUCUGCAAAAAUGGAGCUAGCAGUAUGCAUUUAAGUGACUAUUUCUUCUUCAAGUGUGUCCCAGGAUUUCCUGGCAAUCAGAGGCGGAUAGACAUUGAUGAAUGUGCUUCCAAACCUUGCAAAAAGGGAGCCACCUGUAUUGACCAACCUGGUAAUUGUUUUUGCCAAUGUAUGGCUCCAUUUAAAGUGGUUGAUGGCUCCUGUUUAUGCAGCUUAGGCUAUGUGGGACUGAGGUGUGAACAGGACAUUGAUGAUUGCAUCCUGCAUGCUUGUGAGCACAAUUCCACCUGCAAAGAUCUGCACCUAAGCUACUAAUGUGUCUGCCUUUCUGGUUGGGAAGGAACUUUUUGUGAACAAGGAUCCAAUGAGUGUGAAACAAAUCCUUGCAAAAACAAUUCCACCUGUACUGACCUUUACAAUAACUACUGCUGUGAAUGUACAUCUGGAUGGGCUGGACAAAACUGUAGCGAAGAAAUAAAUGAAUGUGACUCUGACCCAUGCAUGAAUGGAGAUUUUUGUCAUGAAUCUACCACCUCUUGGCAAUUUGUAUGUCUGUGCCCACCCUUUCAUACUGGGAAGUUUUGCCAACAACUCUAUGAUCCCUGCAAUUUCCUCAGAAAAAAAUCAACAUGCUUGACUUUGGUAGAUGGAGAUCAUUAUUGUGUUUGUAGAAAAGAAUUUGAAGAUGAACACUGUGAAAUUGAUAUGAAUGAGUUCCUCUUCCUUCCCUGCCAGAAUUAUGGUGACUGUGAGGAUGGAGUCCACAAUUUCAGGUGUGUUUGCAGACCUGGAUUUUCUGGAACUCUAUGUGAAAUUGAAAUUAAUAAGUGCUCCUCUAAACCUUGCAAGAAUAAUGGAACAUGUGUGGCUCUCACAAACAGACUUUUGUGUAAUUGUGAGCCUGGGUACCAUGUGUCUUCCUGUGAAUUGGACGUGAAUGAAUGCAAAACUUCCUCUUGCUUACAUGGAGAAAAUUGUGUCAAUAGGAGGGCUCACAACUGCCUCUGUACCCCUGGUUAUGCAGGCAUCGAUUGUGAAGUAAAUAUAGAUGAUUGCCCUUUUGGACCCUGUCUCCAUGAUGGAGCUUGUAUUGAUGGCAUCAGUCAUUAUACCUGUGACUGCAGGAGUGGGUUUUUUUUGGGAACACACUAUAAAGCAAAUGCAAAUGAGUGUCUCUCAACCUGUCUACAUGGAAGAUGCAUAGAUCUCAUUAAUGAGUAUCAGUGUUCAUGUGAAACAAAAUGGACUAGCUCAAGACAUGAGAUCAAGAUUAAGUCUAUAAUUUUAAUAAGUUUAUUUGACAAAAAUCUAAAGUGUCUUCCUGGAUUUUCUGGUCAAUUCUGUAAAAUUAAUAUAAGUGAGUGCUCAUCAUCAACGUGUCUAAAUGGCACAAACUGUGAAGAUCACAUCAAUGGUUAUGUUUGCAAAUGUCAACAAGUGUUCUAUAAACACCACUGCAACCGGAAACUUGAGUGCAAGUCCAACUCAUGUGCUCAUGGAAUAUGCAUAGAAAAUGAACUUGGCUUUGGCUCAGCCUGUAUAUGCAUACAAGAAUUUGUGACUUGCUCCAUUGGGCUUCUUUGUGGUGAUGAAACAAGCUCAGCUACCUGUUUACCUCCCAUCUCUCAAAGAAAUGACGUCUCUACAGAAACACAUACAGCGCCCACUUCUGAGAUUUCAGUCAGUAUUCCGUCUGCAUGGGCCACAAGAUUAAGGACUAAAAUGAAUACAUAUACAGUUGAUCAAGGUGAAAAAAUGACAAACAUUUUCAAGCAUGAUGUUCUCCUAACCACUGGUUUGGCAGCACCAAGCUAUUUAAUCGCAGAACUGAUUUCCACUAGAGAGCAUUCAGCAAAACAGAGUCUUCCUUCUUCCACAGAUGUUUCCUCUUCUCAAUUUCUGAAUGUUGGUGUUCAUGCCCUAGCACAAAUUGUCUGGGGCAAAACAUCUGUAUCAUAUAUGCCUCUGCAAACUUCCACAGGCACACCAGUGUUCUAUUUCCUUGAUAGGGCAGACAUGACCCCAUUUACCAGCUCUUCUUUAAUGACAGACUUUAUUUUUCCUACACAAUCUUUAUUCUUUGAGACUUACCAGAUGGUUGCUUUAUCUGCCUUCACAAUGAGUUCGGUAAUGAGUGGAAUGUUCACAAUGAGUGACAUUUCAGGGGCUGAUACUGAGUUAAGCAGGCAUUCAUUACCUUCCUGUGGAUUCUUGCUCACAACUGCUUCCACAAGUGUACCUCCAAUUGUCUCUAAGGGGGAUCAAGAGGAUAUUGAAGAAUAUUCAGCUGUUUCCUUAAUUUAAAGAAGAGAGCACUGGAGAAUGUUGAAUUCCUCAAUACCUCCCAUUUUUCCUUCUAAGAAGAUAAUUAUAUCCAAACAGGUAGCCAUCUUAAAUUCAUCAACUCUGCACCAAUUCAGUACACAAGACUCCAUUCCCAGUGAAUAUCAAGUUAUUACUGAAGCAUCUAGCAACCAGAGACUCACAAACAUCAAAUUAUAGGCUGCUGAUUCUUUAAAUGAAUUAAGCCAAACAUGUGCAACAUGUUCUAUGGCUGAAAUAAAAUCCUCUCAUGAAUUCUCAGAUCAAGUUUUGCAUAGCAAACAGUCCCACUUUUAUGAGACAUUCUGGAUGAACUCAGCAAUAUUAGACAGCUGGUAUGCACUAAUGGGAACUCAAAGUAUCACUUCUGGGCAUUCAUUUUCUUCUGCUACUGAAAUAAUGCCAUCAGUGGCAUUCACAGAACUGCCAUCUUUAUUUCCUUCUAAAAAGAGUGCAGAAAGAACAAUUUUAUUCUCAUCCUUGGAAGAAUCCAUUACUCUAUCAAGCAAUUUGGAUGUUGAUUUAUGUUUGGAUAAGACCUGCUUAUCCAUUGUCCCUUCACAAACUGUCUCUUCAGACUUGAUGGAUUCCGAUUUUUCAAAACUGACUACUGAUGAUUUUCCAGUAUCAGAACAUAUUUUUAAACUAUUGAAAAUAAGACAAUCUGGUAUAACUGUGGGCCUUGCUGAGAUAUUGAAUCAGGACACUUUUUUGGACAGUCAAGAGAAUAAAGGAUCUCAUAAGCCAAUCAGAUUUCACACAACUUAUAGUUCUCUAGAUUUUGAAUCAAACUUACAUCAUCCAUAUUCAGAAACCAUACAGACAUAUUCAGAAAUAAUACAGACAAGUGACCUCAAAAGCACCCUACCAUCAUAUAUAGACUUUAUAUCGUAUUUUUCAGAACUAACUUCUAAUGCUGGAUUUUAUACAAUUUCACCAACUCAAUCAUUUCCAGUGCAGACAAGCUCCACCAUGUCUGUACUUAUGGCAGAUUUACCAUAUUCUACAGAUUAUCUGACCUUAAUAUCUGAUUUAAAAGAAGAAGUCAAGGCUUUUUCCGAAGGGUCCAAAUGGGGACUUCACACUACUGUGCAAGAUUGGGAACCUCCUGCAAGCCAAAGUCUUUCCAUCACUAGAUCCCUUACUUUGUCAUCAUUGGACUCCAUUCCAGCACUUCACCAGCUGAUGAUUUCUGAUUUCAGUUAUGUUCGUUGUUAUGGAGAUCCCAAUCUAGAAUUUCAAAAUGUGCUUUUAAAGCCACAAAAUAACAUCUCCCUGGAAUUUCAGACCUCCAACUCCUAUGGAUUUCUGCUCUGUAUCAAGCAAGACUCAAAUUCAGUAGAUGGAUUUUUUUUUGUUCAAUUAUUUAUUGAAAAUGGCACUUUGACUACCAUUUUUUUUUUCUGUGCUGGUGAAGCAAAAUUGAAAAACCUUUACACAACUAUUAAAGUGAAUUAUGGACAAAAGUAUACAGUGCUUAUCAGGCAAGAAAUGUAUCCAUGUGCCCUAAAACAUGAAAUAACUAUUUUAGGAAGGAGUAUAAAAGUAAGUGAAUAUACUAAUCAUGCAUCUGGAAAACCCCUGCCACAAUCAGGGUCUGUCUUUGUUGGUGGAUUUCCAGAUCUUCUUGGGACAAGCCAGAUUUCUGGACCAGUCAAGGAUUUUACUGGCUGCACAGAAGUUACAGAUAUUAAUAACUUGGGAUCUUUCAACCCAUCCAAGGCAAUAAACAAAAAUCGCAUUGACAAUUGCAGGUUGCAGAACUGAUUCUAUUUACUUUCCCCUUCAGCUUCCCUUGUUGCUCCCUCUGGUGUGACAGACGGGGUGGACUCCCUGUGGACUUCCCAUAGCCCAACUCCUGUGGCACCAUCUGUGUGCCGGGAGGGUGUGUGCCACAACGGAGGCACUUGCCAUCCCAUCUUCCUCUCAAGUGACGCAGUUUCAUUUCAGUGUGACUGCCCAUUACAUUUCACUGGCCAUUUCUGUGAAAAAGAUAAUCAACCUUCAUUAUUCUUCUAUGCAGUUUUAUUUUUGCCAUCUUUCAAUGAGAAUUCCUAUUUAGAACUGCCUUUGUUUUCAUUCCUGGCUGAGUUGAAGUUUGUCCUGGAGAAGGAACAUAACAGAAUUGUUACCAUCCGCUUAGCUGUAAAAACAAGCACUUUAAAUGAAACUAUUCUGUAUUGUAGAGAGAAAAAUUUUGGAAAACAAUUUCUUCACUUAUUUCUUGUGGAAGGAAGACCCAUAGUUAAAUAUGGAUGUGGACAUUCUCAGAAUAUCUUGACUGCUAAUUACAGCAUUAACACAAAUGUAUUCAUCCCUAUCACAAUAAGCUACACAAUGUCAGUUGGAGUUGCUUGUACGAUUGCAAUGACCGCGGAUAGAAAUCCUUCUAUUCAGAAAACAGACACGUCAGCACCCCAGGCCUCUCAGGUAUAUUUUGAAUCAAUGUUCCUUGGCCAUAUCCCUGCAAACAUUAAGAUUCAUAAGGAUGCGGGUCAUAUCUGUGGGUUCAGAGGCUGUAUUCAAGAGCUACAAGGGAACAACAAAGAAUUAUUCAUCAUUGAUGAAGCACUCCGUGGAAAUAGUAUUGAAAACUGCCACAUUCCUGUGUGUGCUCAUGAUCCAUGUAACAACAACAACACGUGCACCAGUGAUGGUGAAAACUGGUUUCGUGAGUGUCCAAGGCUCUACUCAGGCAAGCUAUCCCAGUUUGCAACUUGUGAAAAUAACCCAUGUGGAAAUGGUGCCACCUGUGUUCUAAAAUCCACAACAGAAACCGUCUGCAUCUGCCCUUAUGGACGGUCUGGACUUCUCUGCAAUAACACUAUCAAUAUUACUCAGCCCAGGUUCAGUGGCUCAGAUGCCUUUGGAUUCACUUCAUUCCUGGCAUAUUCAUGGAUCCCAGACAUCAGCCUUGAUUAUGAAUUCCACUUGAAGUUUCAGUUGGCAAACAACCAUUUGGCACUGCAAAAUAACUUGAUAUUUUUCACCAGACAGAAGGGCCAUGGAUUGAAUUGUGAUGACUUCCUGGUCGUGGGCCUACGCAACGGCAGUGUGAAGUACAGUUACAACCUGGGAUCUGGCAAUGCAACUAUCAGGAGCGAGUCUCUCAGUCUGAGCCUUGGAAUCCGCAUCGUCCCCGGGAGGUUCUUCCAAACGGGUUGGAUGAAAGUAGAUAAUAAUGAAAAUAAAUCUGCCAUCUCCCCGGGAAGACUGGCUAGUCUCAAUGUCUUCAGUCAGUUUUAUGUAGGUGGCUACAGUGAAUACAUUCCAGAUCUCUUACUGAAUGGAGCCAAUUUUAAAAAUAGUUUUCAAGGAUAUAUAUUCAAUAUUCAAGUUCACACUGGGAAAGAUGGUCAUUUCAAAGGCCUGGGAAAUCAUGAGGGCCCAAAUGCUGGACGUAAUGCUGGUCAGUGUGAUGCUUCUCCUUGCAGUUUAGUGAAAUGUGGCAAUGGUGGGACAUGCAUAAAAAGUGGAUCUACUGUUUACUGUGAUUGUCCCACUGGGUGGAAAGAAGCAUUCUGCAAAGAGACAGUUUCGACCUGUGAUCCUGAACAUGCCCCUCCACACCAGUGUAGCAAAGGAGCAACCUGUGGUUCCUUGCCUGGUGGAUACACCUGCUACUGUUCUCUAGGAAUGACUGGAAUCUACAGUAAGAAGGCACAGUUGUAUUACUGUGAAGUUAAUGGAAUGGCCUGGGCAAACCUACCCAGGCAAUUUAUUGUAUUUAUGAGCAAUAUUAAAUUACAGUUCCAAUCUCUUUCUGCAGAUGGCAGCCUAUUUCAUGUUGCACAACACUUAAAAGCACAAUCAGGUAAUUUUUUAUGUAUCUUUUCAGUAAAUGGUUCUGUUCAACUUUGCUACAACCUUGAUGACAAAAUUAUCAUUCUAGAAAGUCUCCAAAAAGUAACUACUAAUGGAAGCACUUGGCAUGUAAUUAAAGCAGGAAGAGUUGGCGCUAAAAGUUACCUGGAUCUGGAUGGGAUGAAUAUAACAGAAAAAGCCACCACUAAAACGAGCUCCCUGGACACAAGUACAGACUUCUAUAUUGGAGGAGUGACAUCCUUAAAUCUUGUAUAUCUCAUGGCAACAGCAAAUGAAUCUGUAGGUUUCCAAGGCUGUAUACGAGAAGUUAUUAUAAAUAAUCAAGAACUAGAAUUAACUAAAUUAGGAGCGAAAGGUGGUUCAAAUAUAGGUGAUGAUGGGACAGCCUGUGAAUACAGUGUGUGCAGAAAUAGAGGUGAGUGCAUAGCAAAUGGCACAACUUGUUUUUGCAGAUGUUUGUCACAUUGGCCUGGAAAUACAUACCAGUCUGUGUACUGUUUGGAUAAUCUGUGCCUCCACCAAUCUUUGUGUGUACCUGACCAAUCAUUUUCCUACAAUUGUUUGUGUACUUUGUGUUGGGAGGGAAGGCAUUGUGAAAACAAAACUUCAUUUUCAACUGCAAAAUAUGGUAAUUCUUAUAUUAAACACGUUGACCCAAAUUACAGAACGAGAAACCUUAAAUUCACCACUGUAUCCUUGAAUUUUAGUACUACUGAAACAGAAGGCUUAAUUAUUUGGAUGGGAAAAGCUCAAAAUGAAGAAAGGUUUCUGGCAAUUGGUUUCCAUAAUUGGACCCUGAAAAUAGCAGUUAAUCUAGGAGUCUCUGUGCCUAUGAUCUAUAGCAAUGGCACAUUCUGUAGUAACAAAUGACACCAUGUAAUUAUAAUUCAGAAUCAGACUUUUAUCAAGGCCUACUUAGAUGACAAUCUAAUUCUCUCUGAGGAUAUUGAUCCCCACAAAAAAUUUCUUGCUCUAAACUAUGAGAGUGUUAGUUAUUCAGGGGGCUUUGAAUAUGGUCGAAGGGUAAAUAUUUCUACUCAAGAGAUUUUUGAGAGAGAUUCUGUUCGCAAAAUUAAAUAUGUUGGAUUUUUUCCAUCGAAAAAAAUUGAGCUACUUAAAUCAGGAUACAAUAUUUAUAGUGGAGAUGAACAAAAUUAGGUAAUUACCCAGGACUCUACUCUUGCCUGA